AUGGCUCUGACCAAACCUGUGAACCCCAUGCCCAUGGGCCCAUGGAAGAUCACUGUGUACGACCAGGAGUACUUCCAGGGGAAGCGUGUGGAGUUCACCGCCUGCUGCCAGAACAUCAUGGAGUGUGGCAUGGAGAACAUCCGCUCCCUGAAGGUUGAGUGUGGAGCUUGGGUGGGUUAUGAGCACUCCAGUUUCAGUGGUCAGCAGUUUGUCCUGGAGAAGGGAGACUACCCCCGUUUCGAGGCCUACAGCGGCAGCAACUCCUACCGCAUCGAGAGGAUGAUCUCCUUCAGACCCAUCUGCUCCGCUAGCCACAAGGAGUCCCGCAUAACCAUCUAUGAGAAGGAGAACAUGAUUGGUCGCCAGUUUGAGAUGCGUGAUGACUACCCCUCCCUGCAGGCCAUGGGCUGGUUCAACAACGAGGUUGGAUCCAUGCACAUCCAGAGCGGAGCCUUCGUGUGCUACCAGUUCCCCGGCUACCGUGGCCACCAGUACAUCAUGGAGUGUGACUGCCACGGAGGAGAGUACAAGUGUUACCGUGAGUUUGGCUCCCACGCCCAGACCCCUCAGAUCCAGUCCAUCAGGAGGAUUCAGCACUGA